AUGGCGGUGUGUGCCAGGCUUUGCGGAGUGGGCCAGUCGCGGAGGUGCAGGCGACGACAGCGACACGGAGGCCAGGAUCAGCCGGUCAGCGACUCUGACGUGGACAUGGACGAUGAGGAGGACGAGCGGAUCGUGGGCCAGAAGCAGGCCGCCGGUGGCUGCGACGGCCUCGACUGCCAGGCUGCAGGCUCCAGCGGUGGCCCCGGUGACGUGUGUUGUGAACACGCCAGCGGCUGCAGGCCCCAGGGGCUGCUGGGACGGGCCAUCACGGGACCUCCAAACCCGCAGUCGCUGCUGGAUCUGCCGCCGGAGCUGCUGGUUGAGAUCUUCUCCCUGCUGCCCGGGACGGCGCUGCCUACCGUCGCUCUGGUCUGCAAGCAGUUCAAGCAGAUCCUCAACACCGAGACGAUCUGGAGGAGACGAUGCGCUGCAGAAUUUGGCGUGAACGAGGACCUACGUAAGAUGGAGGUUGGCGGUGUGUCCAGCCGUGACUUCUAUGUAAAAUUGCUUCACCCAUACAAAAGUGUCCUGGGUCUCUGGCAGCCUGAUAUUGGCCCAUAUGGAGGGCUUCUCAAUGUGGUGGUGGAGGGGCUGUUUGUGGUCGGCUGGAUGUACCUGCCGCCUCAUGACCCGCGCGUGGAGGAUCCCAUGAGAAGGAGGCCUCUGUUCCGCAUCACCAUGUCGGAGGACAGGAAGGCUUCUGUGGAGUGCAUGUACGGACACAAGGGCCCUCACAAGGGAGAUAUACAGACUGUUAAGAAGGAUGAGUUUUCCACCAAAUGUAACCAGACAGACCACCAUCGCAUGCCCGGAGGCCGACAGGAGGAGUUCAGGACUUGGUUGGAGGAAGAAUGGGGACGGACGCUGGAAGACAUCUUCCAUGAACACACACAGGAACUCAUCCUCAUGAAGUUCAUUUAUACCAGCCAAUAUGACAACUGCCUGACCUACCGGCGGAUCUACCUUCCUCCUCUGCUGCCCACGGAUCUCCUGAGACCUGGGCUGUUCAAGGGCACCUACGGCAGCCACGGCCUGGAGAUUGUCAUGCUGAGCUUCCACGGGGCGAGCGCCCGAGCCACCAAGCUCACGGGAGACCCCAACGUCCCCGCCGGCCAGCUGACCCUGGAGGUGGACCUGAGUCGUCCCGUGGUCCUCCCAGAUCUGGAGCGCCAGCGCAGCAUAGAGGAGCUGUCCCGCCUGGUCCUAGGAGUGCACGCCGAGGUCCAGAGGGAGGGGCCUGCCCCUGCAGCCUGCCCCGCGGGAGAGGGCCCCCUGGGGGUCACCGGGGGAAACGGGGCCGUCGGGGUCGCCAGCGGAGGCCCCCCUGCGGGGGUCCCUGAGGGGGGGGCCGCGGGGGAGAGCAGCAGCGAAGCCAGUGGCGGGGCUGAGGCGUCUGGGGCCAGCAGGGGGAGCAGCGCUCCAAGCCCCCCAGAGUCCCAGCCCUUCAUCCUGCCCCUGGGGGUCAUGGCCCGCAACGAGGUCUACCCUCGCACCUGCAAGAAGUGCUUCUACGGGACGGGGCAGAUCGCCGGCCACGGCUUCACCAGCCCCGAGCGAACGCCCGGGCUCUUCGUGCUCUUCGACAAAGAUCGCUUCGGCUUCAUCUGGCUGGAGCUGAAGUCCUUCAGCAUGUACAGCCGACUGACCGACCGGCUAGGCCACGCCCACUCCCCCGACAUGGAGUGCUUUGAAGCCAUGCUGCGUAACAUGCAGUCGUGGACGUCCUGAUAGGAGCAGCGACGCUAGAGCCACCUAAAUUAGCAGUGCACUAAUGCCUCCGCGUACGUAGCUCGCUCUCUCUCCCCCUGCUCCCUUCUCGAUAAACCGCGCGCCACUUCCAACCCCGACCACUAUUAACUAUUAUCGCGCUGAUGCUAUCUAAAACAGUGGUUUUACGGUCUCCAGAUAGUUAGUGUCCACUGAUACAACUUUGCUCUUUCACAACAUGUACUUUGAAUACUCACCAUCUAGACAUGACAUCCGAGGCUACAUGACACCACGUUUAUUUUGUGGCGUGUUUUCAAGGGAAGAAAGCUUGAACUAGCUGGGGCCGGAUCACAAUCACGGGUGAAUAAUGUGAGGACAUAGAAGGGGUGUGACUGACAACAUGUUGUCUUUAAUGAAGAGGGGUGUGACUGACAACAUGUUGUCUUUAAUGUCUCGGCCCCGGCAUAGCCACAGGCCACGUUGCACACAAUAGCUUCUCAAUAGUUUUGUAUUUAUUUAUUUAUUUUAUUUAUUUAUUCCCAGCAUAAGACUCGGAAGAUAAUGAUAGCGGAAUCAACAGUAUGUGCCUCUUGUUAUGAAAUGUACACGAUGUACUCUGCACGUUAUUUAAAAGGAAGAGGCAUCCAAUGUUCUGGUCUGUGUUCUAUCUAAUGGCCCUAGUUAAUCGCAUGCAGACAUUUGUUUUGAAUCUAGUUACAAUAUCCUCACAACCAUGACUGCAAUAUUAUGAGGGGAUUUUAGGACAAUGGUGAGGCUUACUGCUUUGUUCUUAGAUUCGUUCCACAGUUUAUCACUUAUUGAUCAAAUAGAGCUAAUCACGAUAUAUAAAGAAAACAAAAUAAUGCAUCUCAGGUGUUUAAUACAUGACACUAAGUCCAUAACCAAUUGAUGAUAACUAUUUUAAUAACCCAUAGAGUAAUAAAGUGUGCAUUAUAAAAUGUGAUUAAUUUUAUAUAAUCCACCAUUGAAAAAGUAGUUUUUGCUAUCUUAUCUUAUUCUGCAAUGUGAACUUUGGACAUUUUACUGACUAAAUAUAUUGUUUUUUUAAAUAGAUUUGGCUGGCUUCAUACCGGCAAAUAGUUAUUGGUUUUUUGUUUAAUUUGUAAAUGGUGACCAAUCCCUAGUGGUGACUGAUCCCAAAACACAAGGCAUAUUUCAAAGUUCAAAGUGUCUGUAUGUCUUAUCAUGGCCUCUAUAAACUCUCUGCUCCAAGUGCACUUUUCUGGGCGGUAUACUGAUCUAAAACCACUAGGAAACACCUUUAUAAAAGACCUUGAUAGAGAAACUGUGAAACAUUCAUGAAAUACUUGCAAUGUCUAAUAUAAGGGAUGGUCGUUUUAGUUUAGAGUCGCAUUUACUCAAUUUCUGGCUAUCUUUGUACGUUUCCCUUUCAUUCAUUAGCCUUCGAUCUUUAACCGUUGAAUGAUUUGCCUUCAAACACAUGCGUGGUUUCAUGGAAAGGCCUACUUGGGAACACUUGGAAGUUUUGACCCACUGCACUGCUACCAUCUGAUUUCAGGGAGCGUUUCAGUGUAGAGACCCUCUUCUGAGGUAACUAAGAUAACAACUACAAGAAGAACAUCUUUUGUCACAGCUGUAUGUUCUCUAAUAAACUCACAGGUAAACAUUC